UCCUGAGGCGGAAGCAGGAUUUGCUGCUGGAGCUGUCUAGUGCUUUUCGAGAAGGGGAAUGCACCGCUUCGUAAAGUAGCACCGCACACCAGUUGUUUGUAUUCUGUCGACUGAGGCGGUGAAUUAUAUUAACGUACGCAUAUAGAUUUCUUUCAAAAAUGGAGGAAAAUAAUCUGGAGUCAGUAGCUUCGCCAUCAACCCCAGGCACUGGGAAGUCCAAGUUGGACACUCUUUCCAAAGAAGAUCUCAUCAAGUUCUCCAAGAAGCAGGUUGUAAUGACGCAAAAGCUCAAAGCAAAAUGUGCAGAUUUGGAAAAGGAAGUUGAAGAACUGAAAGCCAAGUCAAAUAGUGCAGCAGGCGAUGCAGUAAUUCAGGAAGUAACAGAAAGGUUGGAAGCUGUGCUUUUGGAGAAAGCAGAAACCCAACAGAGAUUAGUGUUGCUUCGCAAGGAAAAUGAGAAGGCAAGACAGGAGGCGCAGGAUGCAUCUGAAAAGUUAAGUGAGCUCCAAAAUCAAUUUGACCAAUUAACCAAGGAGCAAUUGAGAAAGACCGAGGUUUUGAGCAAGGAGUUGGACACCACCAAGGAGAAGCACAAAGAUGAAAUUGAACGCCUUCAGAAGAUGUUGAAGGAUUCUGUGGCCGAAAUGGAAAAUCUCACUGCCCAGCCGAACAAAAGAUUGUGCCAAGAGGAUGAGAUCAGGGUAUUAAAAGAGCAUUUGGAAGUUUCCAGGCGAGGCUAUGAGGAAAAAUUGUCACAUCUACAGCACCAGUUAGACCUGGCAGAAGAGGAGAGGAAAAAGGAGGUAGAAAGACUGAUCGAAGCCCAUGAAGCAGCUCAGACAGAAUCCCAAAAGAAGAUUGAACACCUUCAAAGGGAGAUUUUGCAAAUAAGGAAAGCACACCAAGAGGAGGCGAAAGAGCUGAUGGACCAGGUGGAAGCUGCAGCAGAGGAGUAUGAGAAGCAGAGGGACAAGCUGCUGCAGCUUCAGGAACAGCUAACUGAACAGCUGGCUCAGCAAGAGAGCAGCCUGCAGGACGUGCAGGAGGAGGAAGAAACUGGGAAAGCUGGUGACCAAAGCCACACUGCACCCCAAGAUUCAGGAGAAGAAGCUGGUGAAGUUGGGCAGCUCAAGGCUGCCCUGGGAGUCUUGCAGUCCCAGCACACCAUGAUGCAGGAUGAGCUCACCUAUCUGAGCAACGUGAAGAUGCAGCUGGAGUCCGACCUGCAGCAGCUGAAGGCGGAGUUUAAUCUCGAGAGGGAAGAGCUGGAAUUCAAGAUUGAUGAGCUGCAGAUGUGCAAGGAGGAGAGCGAGGGCGUAGCCAAGACCUGGAAGGAGAAGCUCCAGGUCACCAAUGAGCACUGGGAGAUGGCUCUCAACCAGCACGAGGAGGAGCUCCGCGUCCUGCAGGCGCGACAUCAGAAGGAGCUGAAAGACCUUGAAGAACAUUUCCUUUGUUUGUCGGAGCGCGGAAAGGAGAAGGCGCUCGCAGAAAUCCAAGAACUGAAAGGUAGGUGUGACAGGCUCUCCGUGGAGAAGAGUGAAGCAGUUGACAAUUAUGAGCAGACAAAAGAGAUCCUCAGGAGCAGAGAGUCUGAGCUCAAUACCAUGAAGGACCAAGGAGCUUCUGCUAUCCAUGAGCUGCAGCAGAAGCUGAGGGCAGCCUUCAAUGAGAAAGAUAGCCUGCUGGAACAAAUUAACAACCUGGAGGCCAAGGUUGAAGAAUCUCAAAAGAAUGCCAAUGAAGACCUGAAUUCAUCUGUGAGUCAUUUGCAAGAGAAAAAUGAAGAGAUUCUGUCUCUGCUUCACCAAAAAGAAAGUGCAGUACAGGAGCUCGAAGAGAGAUUGGCAACGUUGAGUUUGGACAGGGACAGCAUGCUUUCUUCGCUGAAAAAUUCAGAGGCCAAACUGAAGAAGGCGAGAGAGAUGUGCAGCACAGAGCAAGGUAAAGCUACUGCACUUCAGCAGAGUCUGGAAGGCCACUCCAAGAACAACACGGAGCUAAAGCAAAAGCUCAGCGAGGCAGAGGCCAGCUUGGCAGCAGCUCUCUCAGACAAGGAGACUGUUGAUCGGCAGCUGGCAAUCUUGGAGAGUAAACUAGCAGAGAUGCACUCUGAAAAGGAGCAGCAGACCUCUGAGCUGAAGGCACUGGAAGAGGAGCUCGCUGAACUGAAGGAAACAAGAGCUGCUUUGCAUGAGGAGUCUGGUCAACCCAGAUCAGAGGUUCCCUCAAGUUCUAGUGAGGAGAGAGAAGAACUGGAGCAGUCUUUACAGUCUACAUCGGAGGAGAGAGAUGGACUGAAGAAAGGGCUUGAGGAGAUGCAGCAUCAACUGUCUGAGGCACGGAGGCACAUUGUCGGUGUAUUUCAACAAGAUGCUAGCCUUGAAACACUGGAACAUGCUGAAGAAGAGGAAGCAGGGGACAUUUCUGCCUUGGUAAGAAAACUUUUGGCCAUGGUUCUGGAAGAAAAGCAGAGUUUACUGCUGCAGAGCCGUGAGAAAAUUAAUCAGCUGCUUGUGGAUAUCGAAGAGAUAAAGGAGGAGGGCAGACAGCAACAAGCCGAACUGCAGUCGUUGGUGGACGACCUCAGCAAAGAGAAGACCAUGCUGAAGCAGAACCUGGAAGACGUUGUUUCCGACAUGGAGGGAUUACAGAGGGACCUGGUAGAGAUGAAGAGCGUCACUGAGAAGGUGAAGGUGGAAAACGAAAGCCUGCUGGCCCAGAUCGCAGAGGCAACGGAGAAAAUCAGAGCAAAAGAGAACGAGAACGUAGACCUCCGAGGUGAAAGCCAGAAGCUGUCUGUGGAAAACACGGGAGAGAAGGAGGAAUUGCAGCAGCUCCUGGCUGAAAAGGAAGGUCUGCUGUCCAGGUUAAAGGCAGACAUCGAACGUUUACAGGAUUCCAAAGUGUCCUCUUCUGCUGAAGGCAUAAACGUGACUCAGCUAAGUGAACAAAUAGCCAAUCUGGAAAAAGAAAAUAAAGAGAAAGACGAGAGGAUAAACAAAAUAAAAGCUGUCGCUGUGAAGGCCAAGAAAGAACUGGAUAACAGUAGGAAAGAAGUUCAGACACUGAAAGAAGAAAUGGAGUCCCUGAAAGUGGAGAGAGACCGAUUAUCCAGCUCUGUGAAGGAUAUAAUUCACGGAGCAGAGGGCUACAAGAACCUGCUGGCGGAGUACGACAAGCAGACGGAGCAGCUGGACAGGGAGAGGGAGAGGGCGGAGGGCAGCGAGCGCCAGGUCGCCGAGCUGGCCAAGCGCCUGCAAGCUGUAGCCCUACAGCAAGAGCAGUUAAAGUCGGAGAAAGAGGACCUGGUGACUCGCAUUGAAACCCUCCAUGCCAACAUGAAGCAGCUGGAGGCCCAGCUUUUAGAAGCACAGAAGGUGAAAUCAGCGCUGGAAAAGGACCUGGAGGGUGAAAAGCUUUUAAAGGAGCAAAAAAUCAAGGACCACAGUGCUGCGCUUAAAGAACUUGAAGACCUUCAGAAACAACACCAGAAACAGAAGCAUCAGCUGCAGCAGGCUGUGCAAGAACUGGAGCUUUUGCGAAAGGAUGCUCAGCAGAGCACUUUAAUGGACAUGGAAAUAGCAGAUUACGAUCGGCUGGUCAAAGAGCUAAACCAGAAAAUCUCUGACAAGGAAAGUCGAAUUCGGGAGUUAGAAGAAGAAGAUCAGAUGCAACGAAAGAAACAAGAAAUGCUGCAUGAGGAGAUGUCAUCCUUGAAGUCUCAAAUUGAUCAAGGAGAAGAGAAAACCUCAAAGAUGAAACAAUUGCUCGUCAAAACAAAGAAGGAUCUGGCCGAUAGUAAGAAGAGGGAAGCAGAUCAGUUAGUUCUUCAAGCAUCAUUGAAGGGGGAACUUGAGGCUAACCAGCAACAGCUAGAAGAGUACAAGUCUGUCUGUGUAUGUGUAGAAGGGUGUAUCCCUUGUUCUCACUGGUGCUCUGUGUGUGCAGUAUCUCUUGUUCUCAGUGGUGCUCUGUGUAUGUGUAGAGGUGUGUACGGUAUCUCUUGUUCUCACUGGUGCUCUGUGUGUAUGUGUAUCCCUUGUUCUCACUGGUGCUCGGUGCGUGUGCCUUGCAGAGAGUACCAGGAGAGGAUAGUGGAGCAGCUGAGGUUCAGGCUGCAGGAGAGCCAGCAGAGCCUGGAGGUCAGCAGCACCGAGCUGCAGCAGCUGCAGUCCGAACAUGACACGCUGCUGGAGCGGCACAACAAGAUCCUGCAGGAGACCGUCGUCAAGGAGGCCGAGCUCCGAGAGAGGCUGUGCUCCCUGCAGUCCGAGAACUUGGUGCUGAAGUCUGAGCACACCCAGACGGUGAGCCAGCUGAGCACCCAGAAUGAAGCUCUGAGGGCCAGCUUCCGGGAGCAGGUGCGCCACCUACAGGAGGAGCACAGGAAGACCGUGGAGGUGCUGCAGCAUCAGAUCAGGAGGCUGGAAUCCCAGCUGUUGCAGCCGAAGGAACCUAACGUAACCAGUCCUGCACCUGCCCAGCAGAUGAGGAAGACGUUGCAGGAGAGGAAGGCAGCUGACCUCCCGACCUUUGACCUGCACUCGACGGCCCGCGAGGAGGGAGAGGGCAUGGAGACCACAGAGACGGAGUCUGUGUCCUCAGCCAGCACACACCUGCCCUCUCUAGAGCAGCUCCUCAACUCCCCUGAUCCCAAAACAGAUCCUUUUGUGUGGCAAGCAGAGCCUUCCCGGGAGGAGCUGACACAGAAGCUGAGCACCGCCAACAAAAGCAUUGAACACCUGAACAGUCUCCUCCAUGAAACCGAGGCCACCAAUGCCAUUCUGAUGGAGCAGAUCACGCUUCUGAAGAGUGAGGUGAGGAGGCUGGAGAGGAACCAGGAGCGGGAGAAGUCUGUGGCCAACCUGGAGUACCUGAAGAACGUCCUGCUGCAGUUCAUAUUCCUCAAGUCUGGCAGCGAGAGACAAGCCCUCCUGCCCGUCAUCCACACCAUGUUACAGCUCAGCCCCGAGGAGAAGAGCAAGCUGUCUGCCAUCGCCCAGGGUGAAGAGGAAGCUGCAGCUGCCACCAGGACUACAGGCUGGACCUCCUAUCUCCACAGCUGGUCGGGAAUAAGAUGAGGAACCUGCGGAUUCCAAGUGCAUUCCACACUUGCUCCGUUCUAAACCAAUGGGAGCUUGUCCAUGCAUCUGCUUCCUUGCUUCACAGCAGAUGUUCCAAGACAGAUAUAUAUUUUUGUAAAACUGGAUGACAUUUCUUUUUACAGACCUUUGUACGUAUGUAUUUUGAUUUCUGUUGAGUUUCAUUGCUGACACUAGGCAUUUACAGAAAAAGUCAUGGCCUGUAUUGUGUACUCAUUUUAAAAUUGCUGAUUUAAACUGAAAGUGAGAAAAGCACUAAAAAAUGCUUUACAGCCCAAGGAUGAGUUUUCUAGUUCCUUAAUUUAAUAUUCCCUCCUGUCAUCCAUAACUUAUUCAGUAGUUAAUUAUGAAAAUAACACAAUACUAAAGGCUGUAACUGCAAAACCCAAUUCAAGGCAUUGGUAAAGGUCUAUGAAAAGCUGUACAAUGUGCACAGACCUGGAGUUUCCCCUGUCAGAACAGCUCACUGCCAUCCCUGUAAGGCCACAAGGAAGGCAGUGUAGUCCUUGCCAGUGUAGGAUUCUGCUCGGGCUCCAUUGGAAACAUUUUAUGUGCAUGGUUUGAAACGAAUGUUCAGAGUCCUUCAUUUACUGAAAGGCGAUAACUGUAUUUUUAGAAUAUGGAUGACCUUUUUUUUUUUUCAUUGAUUCUACCAUUGUUUUGGGGGAUUGCCCGUUGUUUAGAGUUUUGGCGCAGCACGAACAGGGAGAACAGGCCAAGCUGUCAGAGAUGCCCUCUGUUUCACAGGCUUUAAGCUGUGCAGUAGGUAGGGGAGAUUUGGUGCAUAUUGGAGGGGCAGCAUGUCACUUACUCUGAUGUCGCUGUGAAGCUGCAGGACUCACGGUUUCACCAGGAUGACCCUGCUGGACCAGCACUUGCUCUGCUGCUUGGGGAAUUGUGGUCCCAGUCAGGCUGCCGAUGAGAUCCGGGCUCAGCAGAGUGAUACAGUACGUGGACUAUAGGGUUCAG